UAUGGAUAUAGUUGAGUUUAGCAUGUUGGGUGGGCCCUUAGCGAGCGUUCCAGUUUCUUGGGGGGUGGAUUAAUUUUGGUGGACGCACAGGGAGGAGCCCCCGUCAGGUCGGGUCCAAUUUCUGCAAGCCGCGUGUGUGCGCAGAUCGCUUGCUGUUACGAUGCAAAACUGGGCCGGCUAUAAAAGGCCGCCAAAGAGUGGGCGUGUGAGAAGACGAAUACGAAGACGAGGAUGAGGAUGAUCACGACCCUGGCGAUGGCGCUGUUGAGCAUCUCCAUCACUUUGGUCUCGUCUGCGAAGCUGGGUGUGGUGCAGACGGAGAGCGGUCGGGUUCAGGGCACCAACAAAGGCACGGGACUGUUCACAUCCGUGGACGUGUUCAAGGGGAUCCCCUUCGCCGACACUCCUGGACUAUGGGAGAAACCGAAACCUCAUCCAGGAUGGGACGGGGUGCUGAAGGCCACCAAGUAUGCCGAGCGCUGCCUGCAGGUGACGCUGUUGCAGACAGAAACUCGGGGCAGCGUGGAUUGUCUCUACCUCAACAUCUUCGUGCCUCAGGGACUCAAACUGUCGUCCAACCUGCCCGUCAUGGUGUACCUGUUCGGCGGGGCCUUCCUCCUGGGGGCGUCCAACGAUUUGGCCAUCCUGGGGGACUCGCUGUACGACGGCAAGGAAAUGGCCGAGCGGGGGAACGUCAUCGUGGUGUCGGCCAACUACCGCGUGGGGACCUUGGGCUUCCUCAGCAGCGGAGACACUCGCAUGCCAGGGAACUACGGCCUGUGGGACCAGCACGCCGCCAUCUCGUGGGUGCGAAGGAACAUCGCCGCCUUCGGAGGAAACCCGCACAACAUCACCAUAUUUGGACAGUCGGCGGGGGCCGCCAGCGUCAACUUUCAGAUGUUGUCCCCGUACAGUAAAGGAUUGUUCCGGCGGGCCAUCAGUCAGGGCGGCGUGGCCUUGAGUCCUUGGGCCUUGCAGAAGGAACCCAUGGCACUCACCAAGAAGAUCGCCCGUAAGGUUGGUUGUUACCGGAGCGACGAGGACACCAUGUUGACGUGUCUCAAGAUGUCCGACCCGGUGGGCCUCACCAUGGCGGGAAAAAUUGACAUCCUGCAAAUACUGGGCAACGGCGUGGUCAUGGACCUCCUGGAACUGGCCCCCGUGGUGGACGGCGACUUUGUGCCCGAUGAGCCGGCUCGACUUUUUCACAACGCCGCCGACGUGGACUACAUGGCCGGCAUCUGCUCCACGGACGGGCACAUCUUUGCGGGCGUGGACGUGCCCUCCAUCAACCGCAAGAAGGCAAACACCACUGUGGAGGACGUGAGGGACCUCCUGGCGGGCCUGACCAAAGAAAAAGGCACGGCGGCCGUGGGCUCGGCAUUCAGCGUCUACUCCGCCCACUGGGGCUCCAACCCGGAUCCGGCGGUGGUGAAGAAGACGGUGGCCGACAUCGAGACUGACUUCCUGUUCCUGGUGCCGACCCAGAUUGCGCUCCAGCUCCACGCCAACCACAGCAGCGGAGGCCGUACCUUCUCCUACUUGUUCAACAUGAAGACCCGCAUCCCGGGCUUCCCCAGCUGGGUGGAGGCGGAGCAUAGCGAGGACCUGCAGUACGUCUUUGGCAAGCCUUUCGCCACGCCGCUCGUCUACUUCCCGCGGCACCGCGACCUCUCCCGGAACAUGAUCGCAUACUGGACCAACUUCGCCAGGACCGGCGAUCCCGGUCACGGAGACAGUAAGGUUCCGGUCCCUUGGCCCACCUUCGGGAAAACCCACCAUCCCUUCCUGACCAUCAACCACAAGAUGACCAAGUCGUCCGUCGGCUACGACCUGAGGCAGAAUUACGUCAACUACUGGACGCAGAUGUACAGCACCCUGCCGUCGGCGCGGCGACCUCAACGCGAGUGACGACUCGCGUUAGCGACAGG